UGUGAAAUGUACUAAAAAUAAAUUAAAAACAUUCAUAGCCUUUAAGAAAUCCAAAAAAGUUGUAUUUUUGGAUUGAUAUAGUACGAGUGAGAGUAAAAUUUCAAAUAGUGAAUAGGUCAGGUAUUUGUCUAUUUGAGAAAAAUAAAGUUGUAGUGAUAAAGAAAAAGCUCAAGAGAUAAGAGAGAAGGAAGAAACUAAAAUUAUCAAAUGUGCAAUCAUCAAUUUUGUGACAAGCCGAAAUUAAUUGAAUGUAAUAUAAAGUGAAAAUUAUAAUUGAAACAAUGGAUUAUUUUUAUCUUUGAUGAGGAAUAACCGUGAACUUGCAAUAUAGAUAGAUUAAAUCGCUAAUUGACAUUGUAUUAGAUUUCAAUCGAAAUUUAAACAAUAAAAAGCAGAGAUACAAAAAAGAAAUAUAAAAUCUAAUCAUAAAAGCAACCAGAAAAAGCAUAAAAACCAGACGAAAGAAGAAACAAGAAGUUUGACUUAUGCAAAUGUUGAAUAAAUGAUUAAAGCAGAAUUGAAAUGGUUGGUAAAGAAAGGCCAAUACAUAAAUUAAAGAACGGCAAUUCGGUUGUCGUAAAAGUGUCAACUAAACAACCACCAACAACCUCAACAUUGUCAUCGUCAUCUUCAUCUUCAUCCUCAGCAUUAACGAAUGUGAUAGUAAAGCACGAACAAAUUCUUUUAUCACCAACAUCAUCGGAGAAUUCGAAAACGCCAACAACGCCACAAUGCUUUUCGCCGUGUGAACAAAAAGCAAUAAUUAAAUAUGACGAUGAUUCCGAAACUACCUCAAGCAAUGAUAAACUUGAUAGUUUUGAAACAAUUGGUGGUGAUAAUUAUGCCGUUCCAUAUGUCCAAAAUAUUGAGCAACAGCAGCAGGUACAACAAAACAUAAGUGACCAGUGCAAUUUGCAAUAUCUUAAUAAUUCGAGUGAUAAAAACUGGAAAAUUGAAAAUAUUGAGUGCAAACAGGAAGUAGAUUUGAUGCCUAAUGAUAAUUAUCUAGAUAAUCCAAAUAAUAGUGAUGAUAUGAAUUUAAGAUAUGGUUCAGUGACAGUGUCAGAAGAUUACAACGAAACAUUUAAUUACGGAUAUAAUAAUAAUUCUACUAGUAAUCCUAGUGGAAGUAAUAUAAAUAAAAGUCGAAACUCACCUUUUUUUGAGGGCAGCAGCAGCACUUUGAAUUCAGCUCACUGCAGUCGCCGUAUCAAUAGCAUAAAUAAUCAUAAUUCGCAUAUUUCGUAUAAAAACGGAAACAACAGUAAUAACAUUUCAAAUUAUAGUCCAUAUCAAAUGUCGUCAUCAACGAAAAGUCAAUUACCGGCAUGGUACAAUCCACCACAACACCCACCACACCACAAUCUACCGCCACCGGCGGCAGUAGCAGCACAUCCAUCUUAUUACCCAACGCCAAAUUUUUUUCAACCUCACCAUCAACCAUAUCAAGUAAAUUAUAUGGCAUCUGCGUCGACAUCAAGUGAUCAUAAUAUGCGAAACAUGAUACAGAUGACAAACAGAAAUGGUCGAGAAGCACGUAAUCGGGCUGAAAAGCAUCGUCGUGAUAAGCUUAAUGGAUCAAUUCAAGAGCUUUCGACUAUGGUGCCACAUGUCGCUGAGUCACCAAGAAGAGUUGAUAAAACUGCUGUUCUUAGAUUUUCCGCUCAUGGACUGCGAAUUGAUUAUGUUUUCGGACAAGAUAAAAAUAAUCGAUAUCUCAUCAAUCCUAAAUCAACUGAAGGGUUAAUGAAGCUCUUGGACACAUUUUUGCUCACGAUAACAUGCCGAGGCAAUAUAGUUUUAGUUUCCAGUAGUGUCGAACAAUAUCUGGGUCAUUGUAGGUCGGAUUUAUAUGGACAAAGUUUGCUCAAUAUUACGCAUCCUGAUGACCACGCCUUUCUAAAACAGCAGCUUAUACCAACAGAUCUACAUAAUUUAUUUUCAGCAAAAUCGGAUGAAAAUGGAGAAAUAAGAUCACGUACAAAGGAGGAGGAGGAAGAAAUCGAUUUAAAACUUCGUGAGGACAGGAGAGAUUUUACUAUAAGACUUGCCCGUGCUGGUCCACGAUCGGAACCGACACAGUAUGAAUUAGUACGAAUAGAUGGAUGCUUUAAACGUGCCGAGUUGGCUCCACGUGGUCGACCGAACACAGGUCCUACAGGCUUACAAUUAAUAAGAAGAGCACGCGGACGAGAUGAUAAUAUUCCACUGCACAGCAUAAGUGGAAAUGAUAUUAUUCUUAUCGCAAUGGCGCGUGUCAUCAAACCACCAAUGUUCUGUGAUCGUUUAAUAGAAGCAUGUCGAUAUGAGUACAAAACUCGUCAUCUUAUUGAUGGUCGUAUAGUUCAAUGUGAUCAACGAAUAUCAAUAGUAGCCGGUUAUAUGACAGAAGAAGUAUCCGGCUUAUCACCUUUCACAUUUAUGCAUCGGGACGAUGUUCGAUGGGUCAUGGUUGCAUUGAGACAAAUGUACGACUUUGGAAGUCCAGUUGGAGAGUCAUGCUAUCGUCUUAUGUCACGCACUGGUCAAUUUAUCUAUUUAAAAACUCGAGGCAUUUUGGAGAUUGAUGAAAGGACGCGACAAGUACAUUCGUUUGUGUGUGUAAAUACGCUUGUAUCAGAUGAUGAAGGACGGCGGCUCAUAAAGGAAAUGAAGAGGAAAUUUUCAGCAAUUAUAAGUGAAGAAGAGCUUAGUAAGCUUGAGAGUGAUGUACCCGCUGUUGAGAACCCACAGUUAUUAGAACGUGCCAUUCUAAAUUUAAUAACAAAUCUUAAUAACGCGUCAUAUGAUGAUGACGAUGCAGCAUCAAUAAUAAGUGAUUCCACAAUACACGAGGACCAGAAGCAUGGAAAAUUACCAUUGGCAAUAAUUGCACCAAAUACAGUAUCAGUAAAGCCAACAGUUGCGAAAGCUGUUAAUAUAAUAACACAAAUGCGCGGUAAAGAUAUUCAAAUUAAAGAUGAACCAAAGAGUCCUGAAUCACAUUCACCUUCAUCAAUUGAUAAGCAUUCAAGUUUUCAAACGCAAUCAUCAACGAACGAUGACCCAACACAUUAUAAUAUUAAAACUGAGCCUGGCAUUGGAGGCAUGCUCUCACCUACCUCAUCAUUUUCAGUAUCAUCACAUGACUCUGAUAUAUGUUCUCCACAGCAACAUAAUCAAAAUGAAAUCAUAAAUGCAUCAUCUAUUGGCAUGAUUAAUGCAUCGAGUUCUAGUCGACAACAUGCAGCGCGAGCUAAUCAAAAAGCUGAUGAUUUCAAUUCAACGCCAUAUGAGAAUCUUCCGACCGCAAUAUCAAUAAGAAAUUCAUCAUCAGAUAGUUUUAGUUCAAGUUUUUCGAACUUUGCAUCAGCACCUCAAACCGAUUCGACCUCUCUGAGUGGUGGUGUAAAUUUAAACAAUAACAAUAAAAUUAAUAACAAUAGCAGUAAUAAUAAUAACAAUAUUAUAAGGAGUUCAGUACUUAAGCGCACUCAUCAAGAUGCUGAUAAUGAUCACGAUGACUACACAGAACUAAUUAAGAAACGAGGAAUACACAAUGAUCUUAUUCGAGUGCCACAACAGCCUCCACUCGAUUUACUUGCAUCAUCAAGUUCAGAUAUAUCGGAUGUCCUGUCAACAUUUCCCGAUGAUAGCCUAACAGAGCAAUUUGGCUAUAGUGAUAUUGCGACAACGCCUCAUUCUCAUGGUGAAGAGCUUACCACGGAACAAGAAGAACAACGAGAAAUUUUGAAUUCAUUACGUGAAUCUUGUUCUGUAAUACAGCAGACUCCAAAGUCAUCCGAUUAUAAUAGCAACACUAAUAACAAUAACAGUUAGUAAGCUAUGAGAAUUUAAAUAGAUAUUGAUAUCUAUUAGUAAGAGAAGGUGUCAGCAGGAGUAGCAGGAUCAGCAAGAAAAAGCACAUAAUAUGCACACAUGAGUUUUAUGGUGACUCGCUUAACUGUUUAUCAUACAAAAAAAAUUAAAUUCUUUCCCGCAGCCGUACAUUACUAUAUACACUCUCAUUUAUAUACUUACUGAUGAUAGAGAAGAGAAAAAAAAAAAAUCAUCAACACGUUAAUACUUGUUUUAUCUUUCCUACUCGGCUGAUCCAUGAGAAGAAUAUAAUGAAAAUGAGAGAAAGAAAUGGAUACACAUAAAGCUUUAUUUACUCAAACAACAACGAUCAGAACAACAAUGUUCUUUAAAUUGAAGGAUGAAAAAUACAAAUGCGAAGAUGAAUAUUAAACAAUAUUCUUUUCAAUGUUUUUUUUUUCUUCUGAUAAUUGUUAAGAGACUUUUGCUAAGCAACUGGUCAUUUUGUUCUUUUUGUAAUUUAUAAAAUCAGAAAAUGCUAUUAUAAAAUGAUAAAGGAAAAAGAUAUAGAAAAAAUAAAUUUAAAAUGAAUGGAAUGAGAAUUAUUAGAUAAAAUAAUGUUGGAUAUUUGAAGAGAUGUCUUUAAAAGAUAAAUGAAAAAGUAGAUAAUGAAAGAUUAUUAGUUGAAAAAUCAUGAUAUUAAUGAGCAUAGGAUAUAUUGAACGUGAAAAUUUUCUUUCAAAAAUUUCCUCUCGAUGAAUUUUUGAAACAUGCAAAAUUGAGAUUUAAAAGAUAUGGUUUAACAAUCUUAUCAUAAAAUAUCAUCAAGUGAUGACAGGAAGUUUGUUGAAUUUUCAAAAAAAUUCCAAAAAAAAUUCGCAAUUUACCAAAAAUUUAAGUUUUUCGUUUUAGAAAAAAAAUAUGCAAAUUUUUCUAACUCUGUGCAAUAUUGACAAAGAAGUUUUGAAGAAUUUUUUUGUUAAUUUAACUCUGUCACACAAAAUUAAUUCCAUUCCGCUAGAAAAUACAAAUUGUUUCAAAUCAGGUACAACUUUGCAUGACGUGAGACAAAAAUUCAAAGAAAGUCGAAACUUCGAGAGUAAAAUAAUUAAUAAGUGUGGUCUAUAAUCAAUAAAAGAGUAUUCUCAUGAUCAUUGGUGAUACAUGUCAUGUAUGUAAGUCAAAAGAGAAUAUGAAGUUUUUGAAAGCAAUUUUCAUAGAGAAAAGCGAAGGAAAAAUUUUGAAUGUGAUGAUUUGAUGGACUUGUUUUUUCGGACAUAAAUUCGGAAAUUUGAUGUAUUUGCCAUAAAUUGCCAAAUAAUUUGGUGUUUACAUACAAUAUUAGUUUUAAAUUAAGAAAUUAAAAAAAAUCGAAGGCUUGGAUGAAAUCAAAUAAUGAAGACCAAAUAAUAAAGUGUAUCAAGGUCAACUGAAUUAAAAAUUUGUAAGAAAAUAAAAUUUUGUACAAAAAAGUCUAAAUUUAAGAAUUUUUGAUAAGAAAUUAAUGGAGGUGUAAGGAACUAAAUAAAAUAAUUUUAUAGUAUAUUAAAUGUUCUGAUAAGCAAGAGUUUCAUUUGUUUUAAUCUCUCCAAGCCUUCAUAAAAAGAUUAUCAAUUGAAAAAUUAUUUUUUUGUUUCAUUAAAAGUUGAAAAGCUUAUAAAAACUUUUUUUAAAAACUUGGAAUUCGGAACCUUAAUUGUUCGAGGAAGAUAUUUUUAAAAAUGUUUAUGAUUAUCAUAAAAGUUUAGUGCAAUUACGCUACGUGUAGCCCUAUUUAAUCGAUGGUAUUAAUCCUCAUAGUGAGGUCACACCAAUCUGAUGAUAAAAUUACCAUAAUUAUGCUUUAAAAACUUAAAAUAAAAUUUAUAUAAAAAUACCAUCAUUUAAAAUGGCCUUGAAAUUCCUCGGCAGUUUCCGAUCUGAUUCGAUUUUUUCAUACCUAGAUUUUCCGUGUGUGUGAAGCUGGCGGGAACAGGUUCUCAGAUCAAGUUGAAACUUUGUCAGAAUUACGUCCAUAUUACGUCCAUUUACGUCCCGUAAUUAAAUAUUUUCGUCCUACUUCCUAUGACUGGAUAUACCACUUUCAAUAUUUGAGUAUCUUUCCCGCCAACUUCACUUUUUCAGCGGGAACCAAUUACGAAAUUAAUUUUAAUUAUACAUAUUAUAUAUCAAAACUGAUCUCCUAAUUACGUCCAAUUUCGUCCCGUAAAAAUUUUUGGAAUCGGAUAUAACCAGCAAGAGUUAUGGACUGUCAAAGUUUUGAACAGUACUACUUGUGGACCAAUAUUUUUUCCUAUUAAAUACUUAUCAUGUAGUAUAUCAAAACACGUCUCAUUUUUGUCAAGAGCUUAAAUCUGAUGGAACUAUUUAAGUUCAAUCUGUCAUUUUGGACUUUUUGCAGUUCCAGUUCCAUCUCGUACCUGAACAUCAUCAAAAUUUCAAAAAUUUACUAGGACCAUAUUGUAUGUCAAAAUAUAUUUAUUUUUUCUCAGUAUUCCUUAUCGGAAGGAAUUUUUUAGAUUAUUUCGCCAUUUUAAAUUUUUGGCAGUUCCUGUGCAUUCUAGCCUCGUACCUGAGCAUGUACCUGAGUCCAAAAAUUCGAAAAAAAUUAAAAAUUAAAAAAUAAACAUUUUUUUGUUUUUCAAUAUAAAGAUAAGGUUAUCGAAUCUCAAAAUUUUUAAAAACUUUUAGAGUAUUCAGGUAUUUAGGUCAUUAAUAUAAUUAUUUUUUAACGAAAAAAAAAAUUUUAAUUUUCAAUAAUAAUUGCCAAUCAAAUAAUUUUGGAUGUCAACGCAUCAAAUUCUUUACCAAUGAAUUAUUUCAAAUCUAUAAUUAAUUCGUAAUAGCCACUGGCUAGCCCUCUUAAAAAUUUUAAAUCAAAAAGAUGCACACAUAUAUCAAGAUGUGCAGGCAUGCCAAAAAUGUACUGAAACUGUAAUAAAUCCAAAUCUACCAUCAGGAUUAAAAAAUUUCCUCAGAAUUUGAAUUAAUGUGAAAAAAUCCUUAUGAUUUGAUGCAUAACAUGUCCUUAAUUUUUUUUCGAAUUUUUGGACAUGCUCAGGUACGAGGCUAGAAUGCACAGGAACUGCCAAAAAUUUAAAAUGGCGAAAUAAUCUAAAAAAUUCCUUCCGAUAAGGAAUACUGAGAAAAAAUAAAUAUAUUUUGACAUACAAUAUGGUCCUAGUAAAUUUUUGAAAUUUUGAUGAUGUUCAGGUACGAGAUGGAACUGGAACUGCAAAAAGUCCAAAAUGACAGAUUGAACUUAAAUAGUUCCAUCAGAUUUAAGCUCUUGACAAAAAUGAGACGUGUUUUGAUAUACUACAUGAUAAGUAUUUAAUAGGAAAAAAUAUUGGUCCACAAGUAGUACUGUUCAAAACUUUGACAGUCCAUAACUCUUGCUGGUUAUAUCCGAUUCCAAAAAUUUUUACGGGACGAAAUUGGACGUAAUUAGGAGAUCAGUUUUGAUAUAUAAUAUGUAUAAUUAAAAUUAAUUUCGUAAUUGGUUCCCGCUGAAAAAGUGAAGUUGGCGGGAAAGAUACUCAAAUAUUGAAAGUGGUAUAUCCAGUCAUAGGAAGUAGGACGAAAAUAUUUAAUUACGGGACGUAAAUGGACGUAAUAUGGACGUAAUUCUGACAAAGUUUCAACUUGAUCUGAGAACCUGUUCCCGCCAGCUUCACACACACGAUUUUCCUUUUUUAAAUCAGAAAACAUUGACAACAGAACAAUUUUAAUCUUCUUUUCGUUCACGCAAAUUAAUUCAAUGAAAAAAAAAGAGUGUUAAUUUAUCGCUGAUUUCAAGCUAGUCAUGAAGACGAAAAUAUGACAAAUAACUUUUUUAGCAGCAGAAAUUUUUUUGAAACAAAUAUUGUAAAAUUAAAGAUUAUUUUCAUUCAGUUUUAAACAGGAUGGAGCAUUUUCCAAAUCAGUAAAUGAUCUUAAUAUAGAAUCUCUUAAAUCAUGUCCAAAUCAAAUCUCUUAGAAAUUUUUCUGAUAAAGAUUUUAAAAAAGGUAAAUUUUAAAAAAGACCUCACAAAGUAGGAAAUCGUUAAUCGGAACCGGAUAACUUUGGUAGGCUUUUACAAGAAAUACUGGAAAUGUCCUUAAAAUGUUAUUUUUAUAGAAUUCAUAAUCGUGCUGAAAUGGUUUAAAAAAAUCUACCAAAUAGCCAGUAUAUAAUUUCAAGCAGCAUACAGACUAUUAUAAAUCAAUUGCUAAUUUAUUUUAGGAAAAUGCGCUUAAAACAAAAUUCAUUCACAACAUUUAAAAAAACCAAAAAUAUACAGGAAAAUUGAAAGAAAAAAAUAUCACAAAUACAAUAGUUAAUCGCUUCUACCUCACACGAUGGAAUAAGAAGAUAACAUGAUUAGCAUCAGUGAAAAAUAUCAAAAAAAUAACAAUUUUAAGUAAACCACGAUAAUAUAAAUGAAAAAAGACAUAAACGAAGAGUUUCAAAAAAAAAAUCUUUCUGCCAAAAAUAAAACUUUAAAUGAAAUAUAAAGAGAAACUUACUAACCGUGUCGUCCGAAAUUUUUUUUCACUAAUUAGACAUUUUUUGUGCCUAAAGCUCAACUAUUGAUUAUGAGAAAAAUAAUAGAAUAAACAGAUGAUGAAGAAAAAACAGUUCAUUUUGCGCAAAUUUUGAUACAGACAAAAAUUAAGUAAUUCAUACACGAGAAUGAAUUGAAAGAAAUAAUAAGAAAAAUAAUCGAGUUUAUACAUUUUUUAAUAAAAUAGGAAGAAAAAUAGAAAAUUAAAGUUUUUUGUCUGGGAAGAGACAUGCAGACAAUUGGUAUUUUCAACUUUUAAAUUCGGCAACGAUUUGCAACAUCUCAAGAUUCCUAACUUUAAAAUAGUUUCAUAUAUAUAAAAAAAAAUGACUGUAGCUUUAUUUCGGAUAAUAUAAAAAUGACCAAUUAAACACAAGGAAAAUUUCUACAUCAAGUAUCGUAAGGAACAUAAUUUCAAACCAAAUCAUAGAGAAGAGAUUAAAUUUUGAAAAAAAAAAAUUAUGUACAUUUUUUCAUUCUGAAAGAGCGCGAUAAUAUAUGUGGAAGUGAGCUAAAAAUAGGAACAAAAGCUACAAGUAUAUAAUGCUUAACGAAGGUCAUGGCUAAAACUCUCAAAAUAUUUUAAAUUGAACUUUAUGUUCUCUACAUUAAUGUUCGUCAAAGUUUGUUUUUUAUGUAGAUAGAUAGUUUUCAUGUCUAAUGAGUUCCUUUAAGAAUUACUUGUUAUUGAUAUUUGACGUCUAGUUCAGUCAAAACUGACCCCAUUAGUUUCCUUAAAUCAUAAUUUUCGUAUGUCUCACUAUAUGAUUUUUUAAAAAGUGUUCAUCUUAAAAUGUUUGAUUAAGUUUAUUAGAAUAUUUUUUGUACAAAUUAAAAUAGUUUUGCGAUCCAAAAUGGACAAAAAAGCAAUAAUUAAAAAUCGGCUGUAUCAGAUUUUCCAUUUGGAUGUAGAAGAUCUUAUUUUGGCUACCAAUAUUUUUGUGUUCAAAUUUAAUGACUUAUAAUUGACUAUAUUUAAGGUAAUAUUGAAUUUAUAAUAGGAAAUCAUAAACUGAACGAGAACGUCAAAUCAAUAAUAUUUCUUUUCAGGAUUCUUAUUCAACAGUCUUUUGUCGUACAAUUUUUGAUUAUGUUAUAAAAUAUAAUUCAAAGAUUUAUUUGGACUAAAUUUCAAUUAAAUUCGCCUUUUGCGAAAUUAUAUUAAAUUAAUAAUAUCGUCAAUAAUUUAAUAAUGAUUAGGCCUACCGCCAUAUCUAAGUAUAAACCUUUUUCUGUCAUUUCUAUUAAAAUCCUUCUUUUUAUUUCAAGAUUACGAAAAAAAAUCUUUAGCUUAUUUAACGCCAAUUAGUGUUUACAUUUUCUUUGCUAUGGCUCAAAGCUCUAAAAAGGUUCUAUUUACUUUUAUAUGUAAAUAUUUUCUCUGACUUAGUUAUGAAUUUUUAAAAAUUUUGCCUUUCCUUCUCUCUUAUGAACUCAGCCAUUUAGAGUAAAAAUUGUUUACCAAACCAAAAGAUACACAAAUCACAACUUUUCAAUUUCCUUUAUCGUGUAUUUUGUGAUUAUGAAAAAAAAUUAAAGAACAAUCUUACCUUAAAAAGAAAAAGUAAUAAGUUUCAACCUCCAACUAUUCUACUCCAUGACAGCAUUCAAAAAACACAAUAUAAAUCGCAACAUUCAGCAAAAUAAGUUGAAAAUGUAUGUAAUUUAAAUUUAAAAAAUUAUUUUCAUCUCUAUAUAAAUUUACCAUUUACUUAAAUCAUGCCAGAGAUAAGUGAAUAAAACGAAAAAAAGAAAAUAUGUUUGAAAAGUCUACAAAAAAAUUAAUGAAUGAAGGAUAAAGUUAUCAUAAAGUAUAUAUGGCAGAGAAUUCGUUAUGUUUUUGUAAAUAUAGUUUUGGUAAAAAAAAAUUAAAAAAAGAAAGAAAAAAAUAGCCCUACUUUUUAUUCAUCAUCGUUCUGUAUGCUCGUGACGAAGAUAAAUAAAAUUUUAAUAAGAAAAAAAAAUAAAAAAAAAAUCAGUGUUAUAUCCUACGAUGUGUAGAUAUGGUAAAAUGUGUCAAGCGAGUCUUAAGAGAUAAAAAAUUAUUUAUAUUUUUUAUCAUCCAUAAAAACCCAGCAUCCAUACAUCUUCAUUAACUUACAAUAGUUAUUUUUAAUCGUUUACUUCUCAUUUGUUGAUAAUUUAGAAUAUCUAUCAAAGAGAAUAACAAGGCGUGGAAACUCUUGUUAUAAUUAACAAUAACAAGAAAGUUGAUUCAAGAUUUAGUCGAAACUUUUCCAUUUUUGAGCGAAACUUCUUAACGAAAAAAAAAAUGAGAAAAUUUCACUAGAUACUGACAAUUUGACAGAAUUUUUCCAAAGAACACUUCUUGUAAAAGAAUUAUCAAUGAAAAGGAAAAAAAAUAAAUAAAUAGUAAAAAUGAAGGAUAGAAUAAACAACUUACGUUCAAAAUAAUUUUAUUCUUACAGUAAUAAUUUAAAUUAAAUCUAGAUUACCUGCGUAGAGCAAAGAAGAUAAUGAUAAUACCUAAUUAUAAUGGAAUGAAUUAAGAAAUGUUUAAGAAAUGAAAAGUUUAUAUUGAUUAAGGAAUAUGAACGAGAUAAAAAUUUUAUGUUGUUUUAAAUUUUAUGUAUAGAAUCGUAAUAAUUUAUUCUGUUGAAAAUUGAGCAAAAAAUUCGAAAAAAAUAAAAAUGAAUAAAAAAGUGCAAAGUUACAAAAAAUUAAAAGACAUAAAACUGCUUUUUUAAUCCUCCAUAAUUUUUCUUCAUAUUUUUUCAGUUUUUAUUACAGAUUUCUUGUUGUUCUUAAACAUUUUUUUUUUCAAACACUUGUUUUCACUUUAAAAUUUAAUUAUUUAUUGUGGUUCUUACAAUUUUUUCUUGACUUGUUUUAUUUUUGAUAUUUGAGCUGUCUUUGAUGUACAAUAAAUAUAAUUUAAUCAUAAUAAUUUUCUCAUACGUGAAUGUGUAUACAAGCAUUGGAUAUAAAUUGCACAAAUAAGGAUUGAUUAAUGAUGCUUUUAGCUAAAUUUCAGAAUUCAUUCGCUCAUUCAUCCUUGCAAAAAUAAUGAAUUUUUUUUAAAAAAUUUACUUUAAUUUUAAUUGAGACAGUUGCUUUUCAAACAAAAAGUAUUUCGGCACGAUAUUUAGUAAAACAUUAUCUCAAUCUUACCAGUAUCAGAAUAUAUUUAUAAAUCUCAAUUUGAUCCAGUUUUGUCAGAUUUGACAAAAAGUAUGUCACUUUAAUAAGGAUUUUCAGUUUAAUUUAUUUCCAUUCAAUUUGAUUUUAGGUUGAAUCGAUUUGAGAGACAAAUCUCAAAUAAGAUUAGAAAAAAACGUUCAAAAAAGUAUAUAAUUCAAAUCCCAUCGACAUUAUGUCAUCUUUUUUAUGCUCCAAUUCAGAAAAUCCAAAUAAAUUAUUCAAUAAAAUUAAAAUUUAUUUUCAAUAUUAUUGCAAGGAAUCUACAUUUCAUUCACAUCAUUUACACCACCACGUUCAGGCUUAUUUUUCUCUUUCUUCAUCUCUAAAUUAUGUAUGUAUUUAUAAGCAUGUAAGAAGUAUACUAAAGGAUCAUUCACAAUAUAAAUUUUCACAACAUAUUUUCUUCAUCCAUGUCUUCUUUAUCGCAUUGAAUUUUAUGUUUAAGAAAAAUAAAUUUUAAUUUCUUGUGUGUCUUCAUUCUUGAAUAGAAAAGCUUUGGCGUUUUAGCGAAAAAUUCUUAAAAUUUAAUUUGAAAUGAAAUAUCUAUUUAUGGAAGAUUUCCAUCAAUGUAAUGACACGCGAUGGUCAACUCUAUCUGCUUAUUUUUGCCUCACAAUCCUUUCAUGUGCUAUCAUAUUUUUGAUUGCUUAAUUUAUCAUGAGUAUGAUGGAAAGAGCGAGAGAAUAUGAAGAUUCCUUCCUUCAUGGAUGAACAUUAAAAUUAAAACCUCAUAAGUAUAAUACAAAGCUGAAAGUUGCUUUAAGCAAAUUUUUUUCUUUGUCAUCAGUUCUUUGAGAACAUUCAAAAUGUAGAAAGAGAGGGAAAUGUUCGGAGAAAGUUCUGUUGUUUAUUUUUCAAAUUUCCUAAGGGACUUACUUGAAGAAGAAUAAAUAUUUUACGUACUUAUUAGACAUCUAAAUAUGUGUAGAGAUUAUUAUGUCCCACGAUUCAAUAAAUUUUCAUUCUUUGCAUCUGCUUUGCUUAAUUUUCCAUAUAAAUAUCUUCGAUCGGAUAUGCCUAAAGCGAGAUAGUUGAUAAGAAC